AAGGGCUUCCGCCCGCUGGCGCAUGCGCACUACCUCGGGCUGGUUCUGCGGGGGUCACUGACUCACCACCAGCACGGAUAAGGACCCCGGCACGGGCUGUGUGAGGUACUGUACCUAGGAUAAGAUGGCUGAUCCUUGGCAACAAUGCAUGGAUUAUGCAGUUACUUUAGCAAGAAAGGCUGGAGAGGUAGUCCGGGAAGCAUUGAAAGAGGAAAUAUCCAUUAUGGUUAAAAGCUCACCAGCAGAUCUAGUGACAGUCACUGAUCAAAAAGUGGAAAAAAUGAUUAUUUCUUCUAUAAAAGAAAAAUAUCCUUCUCACAGUUUCAUUGGAGAAGAAUCUGUUGCAGCCGGAGAAGGCAAUACCUUGACAGACAAUCCCACGUGGAUUAUUGACCCUAUUGAUGGAACUACUAACUUUGUACACAGGUUUCCAUUUGUGGCAGUUUCGAUUGGCUUUGUUGUCAACAAAAAGAUUGAAUUUGGAGUUGUAUACAGUUGUGUGGAAGACAAAAUGUACACUGGCAGGAAAGGAAAAGGUGCAUUUUGCAACGGUCAGAAGCUUCGAGUAUCAGGACAAGAAGAUAUUACAAAAUCACUUUUAGUAACAGAAAUGGGAUCUAACCGUGAACCAGAGACUUUAAAGAUAGUUCUUUCUAACAUGGAAAGGCUUCUCAGUAUUCCUGUUCAUGGGAUUAGAGCUGUUGGUACAGCAGCUGUAAAUAUGUGCCUUGUGGCAACUGGUGGAGCCGAUGCAUAUUAUGAGAUGGGCAUUCAUUGCUGGGAUAUGGCAGGAGCUGGAAUUAUCAUUACUGAAGCAGGUGGAGUGCUGCUGGAUGUAUCAGGAGGACCAUUUGAUUUGAUGUCACGAAGAAUAAUUGCUGCAAGUAGUCAAGCCAUAGGAGAGAGAAUAGCCAAAGAGCUUCAGAUAAUCCCCCUACAAAGGGACGAUGCCACAAAUUGAAUACCACAACUACACUUAAGUGUGGUAAUACUAAGUUUGUCAACAGUUGUCACAUACUCUGGGAAUUUAGAAAAUAACGUCCCAUGUAAGGUCACAUGUUGCACUUAAAUGGGUAGUAAUAUACUUCUGAAUAUAUCUUAUUACAAAUUGAUUUCUAAAUAGGGUUUUGAAAUCAGACCCAUUUGAAACUGUUAUAGAACUGGUUCUAACAAAGUUUGCGGUUUGUGUAAAUAAAACAUCAGUUUUGCUGUAAAUUUUAUUUCCUAUGUAGUAUUAUGGCUGCUUAAAUGAGUUAAAGGAAAAAAGGACACAAUCCCAUAAAAGUGAUAUUUAAAAUUUAUAUAGCACACUGGAAGAUAGAGAGCAACUAAUGCUCUAAGUCAUAUGUUACAAAGAGAAAGUUUAUUGCUCCUGGUUCCAAUUUUCUCAUGUUUUCCCCCAAUGUGAUCAAGGUUGAUUGUUGCUUAUGAGAUUUUCAUAUAAAGCCUCUAAAUUGUUACAGUGGUAUCAGUCUGUCUGGAAGUUCUCACCGGUGAAGGAAAUGUAGAAGUAGAUCACAUGAUCCCAGACCUCACUUUGGAGACAAUCACAUUUAGUUUUUGGCACACUUCAGGACACUUGUAUGUUAUCACUGUGCAAGAGUGAUUCAACAAUGAUUUCAGUUGCUAUUGCAGGGAAUAUUUAGAGAAA